GCUGCACAACCAAGACAAAGCCGAGUUUAAUGAGUUGGCUGCAGCUGAAACACAUGAGACUGCCGCAGCACUUGUCCCUGGCCAACGGAUCGAGGCAACUAUUAAUGGCAACAGGCUGGAAGUUUAUGCGAAAAGUUUCCGAAAGUAAUACGCAGAGAAAACACAAACCGAGCUAAGUCCCAUCAAGCAACAAUAAACGGGAAAACGCGCUGUGGAAAAACGCUUAAAUCACCACAAGAAAUAAGAAGGCACGCCGAAAAGUUUUCCCGCAACGGAUUUCCAUUCGCCGAACAACGGCAGCGUCAUCAUCAUCAUACCCUCGAUUCUAUGCUAUUGUUUCGCCAAGGAUUACAUAUUAUGCGAUAAACAUGAAAUACACGAACGAUACACGAAUCAUUGUGCUCAUUUGCUGUUUGCUGCAAGGCUUAGCCGUGGGCCUGCGCAUGAUCAAGGUCUCCAUUCCCGCCUACAAACUGCGCGGCGAGUCCGCCUUCCUGGAGUGCCAGUACGAGCUGAACCGAACGCACCACGCGGUCGCGGGUGUGCAGAGCCACUCGGACCAUGGCCGCGGACACCAGACCCACGGAGGCGGCAACGGCGAGUUCCAUUAUCCAGAUGGCGAGGCCCUGGAGGAGGAGCGGUCGUCGUACCGCUCCCGGAUGCGCCAGAAUCAGCGGCAACAUGGCCAGCGGCCGAGGCAACGGGAGCUCAUUGCCAUGCGGCAAUACCAGAGCCAGCAGAGCCAUCAGCAGCCGCCAGCUCCGCCGGAGAAGUCACCCUACGGGCACAGUGUGUACCGGGGCAGUGCCGCCUCCGGCUAUCUGGGUGCCGCCCACGUGGGCGCCAGCACGCACAGCGGAUCCGUGACCGUCGGCUCCGGCGGAAACAACGGCAAUAGCGGCGGUCCGGCGGCUUACAUGCCCGAGUUCGACCGGGCGGACAGCUUCGACGACAGCAUCGAUCGCGAGGAGGAGGAGGAAGAGGACGAGGAGGAGCCGCUCGAGGAGGGGGAGGCCCUGUACGCCAUCAAGUGGUACAAGGACAACGAGGAGUUCUACCGCUACGUGCCAAAGGCCCGGCCGCCAAAAACCAGCUACCGGGUGGAUGGCGUGAGAGUCAUUGAGGAGCUCUCCGACGCAAGUCGCGUGCUCCUGCGGGGCCUGACGCUGAACUCGACGGGAUUGUACCGCUGCGAGGUGUCCGCUGAGGCACCCAACUUCUCCUCCGUGCAGGGCGAGGGCCGGAUGGACAUUGUCUUUCUACCACGCGAUGGACCGCACAUAAGAGGUCAGCAGUAUCAGUAUCAGAUCGGCGAGUACUUGUAUUUAAAUUGCACGUCGGGAAAAUCGCACCCGGCCUCGCAUUUGCAGUGGUUUGUCAACGAGCAGCCGAUCCUCGACGAGCACUACCUGCACAAAUACAACGACAUCGUGCACAAACACGGGCUAAUCACCUCGACUUUGGGCCUGCAGCUGCCGCUGGAGCCGCGCCACUUCCACGACGGCGACAUGCGCGUCAAGUGCCUGGCCAGCAUAUCGCCGGUCCUGUGGAAGGGCGGCAAGGAGAGCGUCCUGCAGCGGCGGCCGGGCAUCAUCGACAACCGCGAGGCCAUGCUGCUGGUGAAAGGAGCUGCCUGCAACUCGCAGAGCAGUUUGCUGCGCACGCUGACCAUCGCCAUCAUUCUGGCCAGGACCGGCCAGUGGCUACUUGGCUCGGAACUCACCUAAGCCGGCCCGCGAAGAUGGCCAGCACUCCAUUCGACUCGUUUCAAUUAACAAGCAUUCAUUUCAAUUCAAUUCAAUUCAAUUGCAAUUGCAGAGCAUAAAUGGUGAUUUUGUAUACUUUAAGUGUAAUAUCCUUAGUUCUUAAGCGAGAAGAGGAGCAGGCGAUGAAGAGCGGUAAAGUAAAAAGAGACAAAAUGGGUAAAUGUGUUAUAGCAUGUAAAAAUCAUAAGGCAACGCGAGAAGAAUCGAGUUAAAUAGUAUUAAAGGAGGACCAACUCCUCCUCAAAACAAAUAACUCCUGUGCAGAGAGAGACACACAGAAUUCAAUUAGCAAAAUUGUUAAGUAACUAAAUUGAAACCCCAUAUAUAUGACAUAUCCCCCCGCCCAUCGUCCCCAAUCAAGCCCGUCUAAAGGGUUCGUUGUGCGUAAUUUCUGUGUAAAUACUUGAAUGGAAACGACAAAGUCUAGGGCAAACUUUGGACUUUUGUCAAAUAAUGUCUGAGUGGCAUCAAUUUCGAAUGGUAGCUGGAAACUUUGCCAUAACAGAUGCUAAAACUACAUUAUUGCAAAAAACAAAAAUCAGAAAACAAAUGGGGGCAAAGUAAGCUGGGAAAGGAUCCUUUUCCCCUCUUUUAGUUACGAUUCCGGCAAGUAUUUGCUUUCUGACUCCGAAAAGUAUUUCCAAUUGUAUUUAGUUCUGUAAAUUAAGUCUGUAAGGGAGAAGGAUGCUCGUAAUAAAAUUAUCUUGUUGAAGGAUCAAUUACUGUUAACUCUCCGGCUAAAGUUGAGACAUUUUCGGUUGCCGCACAUCCUAGUUGUAUGAACUGUAUAAAAGAGAAAAUGGAUAUGUGUCAUAUCUGUUUAGGCUAAGAACCUUUGCUAAACUAGAAAUAUAAGCUAGGUGUUUAAGCUGUAGUCAAACUGUCCCCCCAAAAGAUUACCCCUACCUGUAUGUAGCAAUACCUAGAAGCUCCCCAAAGAUAUAACUACAAUAUAUGAUACGAUGAUGCGAAAUAACGAUGAUAUGUAUAUGUAUACAAUAAAUGAGUACGACAAGGCCCUUUUUCCCCCAGAGUGUUUAAACAAAUAUAAAUGUGAAAGCAAAC